UACAAAAACAAUAAGGGUAGAGAGUAACUUAGCAGUGAGAUCAAAAUGUCAAGCCGUUUGAUGAGACAGAUCUUGGAACUGAUGCAGGCUGAGGAAGCAGCCAAAGGGUCCAUUAAUUAUGGUACUUCAGGCUCAUACAACAACCAUGGAACUUCAAACUCAUUCAACAACUCUGCCGGCGGCGACCAGGAUUUCUCCAAUGCAAGGAUUAACAGUGGAGCAAAUUCAGGUGACCGUACCAGCUACCGUCACUCCAACCACUACGGUGGUCGCACUAUAAAUAACAGUGGUAAUUUCCGUGGCAAUGGCAACGCAGGCUUUGUCGAAGGUGGCUUCAACGCCUCAACAAACAACUACUAUUAAUUAUCUGAAUUUCACAUAUGCUGAGCACUGUGUUCUACUGUGUUAUGUUACCCUACCAAUAAUUAACGUAGAGCUAUAGCUCAAAUGGUCAUUAAUA